CUUUCCAACAUGGCGACAGACGGCACGUAGGAAUUUUGUUUUGGCUAUGUACUCGCGGUUAUCGUAACAUUUGGCCCACUUGCAAGCAAUUUGGUUCUCAGAAAACCUUUAUUGUACCGUCCUUAGUAUUCUGUCUUGCAAAUUAAUUUGUUUUCACGAGAAACUGGGGGAUGUAUCGUCGCGGAGCGGCAAAGAAGGACCACAACAACAAACCGGUGAAGAAGGACGUGAGUGACAGUGAUAAAUACGCCGACCUCUUGGUGUUCGGAUAUGCCUGCAAACUGUUCCCAGACGACGAAAGGGCUCUUUACCACGAACAUGGAAAACAUCUUAUCCCAUGGAUGGGGGACAAGAGCAUCAUGAUUGAUAGAUACGAUGGGCGCGGUCACUUACAUGACCUUUCAGAGUAUGACAGCGGGUCAUGGAAUACAGCCUACCAGCUGUCGGAGGAAGAGGCCAGGAUUGAGGCGCUGUGCGAUGAGGAGAGGUACCUGGCUCUGCACACUGACCUGCUGGAAGAGGAGGCCAGACAAGAGGAGGAGUACAAACGUCUGAGUGAGGCUCUGGCUGAUGAAGGUACCUACAAUGCUGUGGCCUUUAAAUACAGUGCGGACUACUACGACCCGUCUCAGCCCACCGAAGAGGAGGAUGCUAACAGGGAAUCUGAAGAGGCAGAGCCAGAGGAGAGUGAGGAGCCGUUCGUCGCUCCCCCAGGGCUCGCUAUCCCUCCUGAUGUGGAACUGCCGGCAACCAUCAAGACCCAUAACAUCAUCGAGAGGACAGCCAACUUUGUAUCUCAGCAGGGGGCUCAGUUCGAGAUAGUCCUGAAAGCUAAGCAGUCUGGUAACUCGCAGUUUGACUUCCUUCGUUUCGACCAUUAUCUCAACCCUUAUUACAAACACAUCCUGCGGGCCAUGAAGGAAGGCCGAUACCACCCCAUCUCCACCAAAAAGCAAGAGCAGCCACAGGAAUCCCACUCUGAUGAUUCAGAUGAAGAUGGGGAUGGCAGUUACCUCCAUCCCAGCCUCUUCGCCCCGAAAAAGUGCUCUCGCCUGGAGGAGCUGGUGAAGCCUCUGAAAGUAAUGGAUCCAGACCACCCUCUGGCAGCACUUGUACGUAAAGCCCGACAGGAAAGGAAUGGCACGGACACAGUGGCACCCAAACCAGAAGAAGAGACAGCAGACCCUGCUGCAUCCAGCACAACACCUCAGUACACUGCUGACCCAAAUGCAGCCGCAAUGUACUAUGGGUACUACAUGCUUCCUGAUGGGACGUUCUGCUUGGCCCCGCCUCCCCCAGGGAUAGAUGCCAGCUCCUACUACAACAGUAUGCCCUCAGCUGUCAUGGCUCCCUCUACGUCUUCUGAGCCUUUGCCUAAUCUGGCAACAACACCCACACCUUCUGAAACUAUUGCCAUGGCACCACCAGCUACAGCCCCCCCUCAGGUCACCAGCACUGCUGCUCCCGCUGUUGUACCAGAAACCAGCAGUUCGAAACCCGAAACUCAAGUUUCCACACCAGCAUCACAAGCCAUCAUUCCCCCACCACCCGACACCCAGCCAGUCAUAGACAAGCUCGCAGAGUACGUCGCUAGGAACGGCGUUAAGUUCGAGGCCAGCGUCCGUGCCAAGAAUGAUCCACGGUUUGACUUUCUGCAGUCUUGGCAUCAGUUCAACACCUAUUACGAGUUUAAGAAGAAUUACUUCAUGCAGAGAGAAGGAAGAGGCUUUCCAGAGAGUGAUGCAGCAGAUGAUGACGACGAUAAACUUCAAUCAGACACAUCAGCCCAGGACUCCAAGCUGGCAAAAGCCUCUUUUGCCCCCAUCUGUUUUGCCAUCAAGGCAAAGGAAAAUGACAUGCUGCCGCUGGAGAAGAACCGAGUUCGAUUGGACGACGACUCGGACGAGGACAAGUUUCUGGAGGAGCAGGGGCUGGAAGCUGUGCUGGGCGGAGCUGACAUGGUUGAGCCUGCUCCAGUCAGCGCACCAGAAGAGAAGAGACCUGCCCUCAGUUUGGAGGAGUUGGAGGCAAAACAAGCCAAGCAGAAACUGGAGGACCGUCUAGCAGCUGCAGCCAGGGAAAAGCUGGCCCAGGCAUCUAAGGAGUCCAAGGAGAAACAGCUCCAGGCGGAGAGGAAAAGGAAGGCAGCGCUCUUCCUACAGACCCUCCGCAGCCCCUUAGCUGGGGAGCCUGAGGCCAAGAGAGCUGAGCUAGACCCAACUGCACAACUGGAGAUGCAAGAAGCUCUCUCUGUCCUGUCUGACCCUGUGCCUCCUCACAUGUCCUCUGCACCGUCUGCGUAUCCUCAGGAUCAAAGACCCGCCAAGGAGAACAAAGGAGCGUAUCGCAGCAGGGAGGCCCCGUCCUCCUCAUCCUCCCACACUACCUCCAGGGGAACGGCGAGGGAUCGAGACCGAGACAGAGAGCGAGACAGAGAUAGAGAUAGAGAAAGAGAGAGAGACCGUGACAGAGAUAGGGAUAGGGAUCGGGAUAGGGAUAGAGACAGGAACAAAGACAGGGACAAAGACAAAAAGAAGAAAAAACACAAGAGGAGGUCAAGAUCCAGAUCAAAGUCGAGGUCACGGUCGAAGAGCAAACACUCCCUCCCCACCGCCUACAGGAGAGGCCGCAGGUCCCGAUCUCGCUCGCGCUCCUCGGGGAGAAGGGACAGGAGGGGCCCCUCAUCAGAGAAGAGACGUGAAGAGAGGGAGCGGGAGCGCUAUCAUCCCAGCAGCAGCUCCAGCCAGCCCAGGGGGCAUUCCAGAUCCAGGUCCCCUCCGGAAAAAAGGAAGAGCGCCUUGUCAUCCUCAGGACAGAUGCAAAUAGGGGGUUCCUCUCUCUCCCCGUAUUCUUCACCCAGCAGAGUUUUGUCUCCAUCAGCUAGCCCCGCCUCCAGCCUCACCCACUCCAGGGGUGGUUCUCUGGAGAAAGACAAGGCGGUGGCCUCAUCCAUAGUAUCCUCUGUUCAGUCCAAAAUAACUCAGGAUCUGAUGGCCAAAGUGCGAGCCAUGCUUGCCACCUCCAAGACCUUCCACCCUCCCAAUUCCUAAAGAGGGCACGACAUUUGCUUUCUGGCCACAACAACCUCGGCCAAUCGGAGAGCAGCAUUCUCCAAUUUCCUGGAGAUUUAUUUGGCCUGGAUCGGUUUCAUCUUCCUGUGUUCAUCCUCCGAUUUAUGAUUUUCAUUCUAAUUUGAGCGUUGGCAGAUUCACUUUGGCUGUGUCAUAUCUUAAGCAGUAUUGUAAGAGUGACGUAAAGGCACUCAAUAGGCUGAAAUAUCUGGUGUGAGAAAACAACUCAUCAGCUCAGAGAUCAUGUCAGCAGUUGGCAUGUUUUGGUGCAAAUGUGGAAUUAAAUCCAUGUUAUUGUGCAUCCUGUUUUAAAACUCUACUUUUCUCCCACGUGAUGACAGUCAUUCUUUGCAGCAUUACGUAAGGCUGCAGGAGGUCUGUAUUCUCUCCUUCUAUGAAGGGUUGUGUUGUUUUGAUGUUUAAUUCUCUCCUCCCUCAUCUGCUAUUCUCUGCUGUUGUUUUCCCACUUCCCAUUUCCGCCCCCAGCUGUCUUUUCUCUCCAGCACCUCACACGUCUGCUUGAGAAGCCCUUUUAAUUUUCUACUCUGUCCCUCAGCUCUAGUGCGUGGCCUUCUACUUCUGUUCUUGGUUUGUACUGUAAUGGAAUUUAAUGCAGAACAACUUUCUAAUUCAGACUGUCAAUAAAGUUUCAAUUAUGAUUUA